AUGGCGAAGAACUCAAUAAGAAAUAGAGAAAAAAAAAAAAAAAACGUGACACUUGAAACAGUACAAAGGGAAUACAAGACAGUACUUCAAAAAAAAAGCACAGACAUUUAUAUAACAUCAGAAAAACCUCUGAAAAUUUACUACGACAGAAUACUUAAAAUACUGAAUAAUGGAAAAAAACAAGUUGAACAUGUCAUUGAAGGAGAAAACAAAAUUGCAAAUAUUUUCGAAGGACCAUCAAAGGAAGAAGAAGAAGUUCAUGUUCAUGCUGUUGGCAGAAACAUACUUAGGGCAUCUUACUUGCUACAGGAUGUAGUUAAUUAUUAUUGUGAAUUUUUAAAAAACAUACCACACACAUCCAAACAGAACAGAAAUAAAAAUGAUAUGGAUGUUUUCUCUUUUAUUGAUAUUACAGUUGAAAGUAACACUUUAUUGAUGAAUGACACAGUAAUAACAAAUACCUAUACAGUGAAAGACGAGUUCCUGCAAGAUGAAUAUGAUUCCAUUAUAGCCCUCGCGAAGGAACCCUACGAUUUCAAGAACCAUGAGUACAUGGAGAGGAGCAAGGAGAGAAGAAUCACUGGUAUCGUCAUCUCAAUAAAGAAGAAGCCUUUCAACAUGUAG